ACACUGGAUCCAAACACAGCACACGAAUAUCUGUUUUUAUCUGACGGGGACAGAAAAAUGACAUUCAAGUUUAACAAACAGUCUUAUCCUGAUCACCCAGACAGAUUCACUGUCUGGUGGCAGGUCCUGAGCAGACAGAGUCUGACUGGACGUUGUUACUGGGAGGUGAAGUGGACAGGUGUGGGAGCUCGUGUAGCCGUCGCGUACAAGAGUAUCAGCAGAGCCGGGCCGUCGGCUGAAUGUGGAUUUGGACGAAAUGACAAAUCUUGGGCGCUGGAUUGUUUCAAGAACAGUUAUAACUUUAGGUACAACAAUGUCCAAACUCCCGUCUCAGGUCCUGUGUCCUCCAGAGUCGGAGUGUACCUGGAUCACAGUGCGGGGAUUCUGUCCUUCUACAGCGUCUCUGAAACCAUGACUCUCCUCCGCAGAGUCCAGACCACGUUCACUCAGCCGCUCCACCCUGGAUUUGGUUUUUUACAUUGUUAUGAUGGAGACUCGGCUGAGCUGU